AUGGCGAACAAUAGAACCCUCGCAAGGCGGAGGCGUGCCUUUUCUCCUCUGACCGUCGUCAUGUUGGCGGUGACGCUUGUGGCCUUCAUGGGCGUGCCUCUCAGCUCCACGGGAGCCGCCGACGCAGCCGAUCCGGUUGAAUCCGUGGAGGCAAAUCGACGGGGAUACACGUCGUACGGUGAGCCGCCAGUCGCCGUGGGAACCUCUGAAGAGUAUGUCAACUCUUCCGAGUUAGCAGGCAGUCGUGACAAGGGGAACGCGGAAGCGGAAGAAGAAGCCGCUGAGGUUGAGACUGAUGUUCAGCCUUCCAGCGUGACGAUUGAUACGGAGGAACGCGCGGCACCCAGUCAGGUACAGGUACAGCAAGAGAGAAUGGAAGAAGCUGACGAUGCUCCGAAACCUGUUCCGGUGCGGUCGGCGGUCCCGUCUACAGUGGCGAAACGGCAGCAGGCACGUCACAGAGUCAUUGGGACAGCGGUGAUAGCGGCAGUAGUUGCGGCACUUCUUUGGAAGUUUUCGAGACGCCGAUCGGGAGCUCCACGUGAGGGGGGGGAAAAUGAAAACGGCGGGGAGGAAAAAUAG